AUGGGCUACAACAUCAAACAGAAAAUAGAAAUCUGCCUCAAGGCAGAGGCGCACCCUGAGAUGACUCAGGGGGACUUGGCCAACUGGGCCAUGCAACAAUACGGGUCGGCAAGAGCCCCGUCACAGACAACCAUUUCGCGGAUACUUAGCCUGAAGAACGAGUUGGUGGCGUCCAAGUCUGCAGACUUCCUGUUGGUGAGGAGGCGUAAACAACAGAACCCUUUACUUCGACGGAUCUUGACAGAAUGGAUCACCCAGGCACUUUGGGAAAACAUCCCCAUCACAACACCCAUCAUCCAACUGACAGCCAACGCUAUCUGGACCAGGCUCCCGAGCGAGAGCAAAGACGGGAAUGGAGUGUUCAAUCAGAAGUGGUGCAACCAUUUUCUUAAGAAAUUAAAUGUCAACCUUCGAGGCGAUAACGCUGACAUUUACAACAAUCCGGGGAACCACACCCUUCACAAGGUGUGGAAGCUUGACGAGAAACUUGAGUUGAAACACUACUUGGCCCAGAUCAUAGAUCGAGAACAGUACAAACCACAAGAUAUCUUCACCAUUGAUGAGUUCCAAUUGUUUUAUCUGUUACCCCUUGACCAAAUAUUUGACGUUUCAUCUAUCGACAAGGGGUUGAAACAGUCUCUGAGUAGUACCGAGAAAUCUGUGACCAUUAUGCUUGGAGUCAAUCUAGAUGGGCUGGAGAAACUUACUCCCAUGGUUGUGGGGAGAUAUGACAAGUUUGAUGUUUCACAGAGUUCUAACCCUCUGUUGAAACAUGGGGUUGGGUCUUCUAUGGCUUCAUCGUCCACGGCAGGACAUCAUGCCUCGGGGAAUAGUCACUCUAAUUCUAAUUCAUCUACCGCGACCCAUACUCUUAUGAACAAGAUCACCGAAGUGUACAACCUCUACUACAAAUCCAAUGCCAAUAAAUGGAUCACUUCAAGUAUGUUUCAAAACUAUUUGCUCACUCUUGAACAUAAACUUGCUAGUGCUGCACCCAAUAGAAAGAUUUUGAUCUUACUUGACGAUCCGUCAUCGCAUAGAAUCAUCAAUUUGAAGUUUAGUAACAUUCGACUUUGUUAUUUGAAGAACAAUUCGAACCAUAAGAACCCAUAUGGAGCCGACUACAACGGAGUUAAGUUUGACUAUUUACCGAUGAGUUUUGGGAUCAUUGAAGAGUUUAAGGUGUUGUAUAGACUUCAACAAUAUUUAGAGAUGAUCAACAUCCAAAGGAACAAGGCUAAGGGUGAGGGUGUGGGCAUCGAUGAAGACGAGCUGAGAACUUCAAAUGUAUUUGGUGGUUCUACAGGUGCAGCCGCUGCCAUGGAGGAAGCUGCUGCGGCGGUGACCACAACCGGGAAUAGCAAGAGAGGUAAUAGUGUUGGAAACAACGCCAGUCCUUCCGCCAAUGCUGGAGCCCUUACAGAGUCCGAUUACGAUGUCCCUCUUAUCAAGGUGAUUGAAUGGAUCAAACGGUCAUGGGACUCUAUUUCCACUGAGAGAAUCAUCUUAUCAUGGAAAAGAACUAAUUUGAUCAGUUUCAAGCAACCAUGGCCAUGUACUAAUCCAGAAGUGAGUGCCAAUGCAGUUGCAACGUUGCAACCUCUUUUACAAAAGGCAGAAUCUUAUAAUUGUGAAAGAAGUUAUGAGAAAUUGGUAGAAAUCAUGGAGUAUUUGAAUGUGGUGAUCCCAUGGAAGGCAGAUGAACUUUUGGGACUUGUUAAUGAACGUGGUAAAGUUUCAUUAAGUUAUGUUUCCAUUGAGGAGAUCAUUGGUAGUUGCUUUCUGGAAGAUGCUUGUGAGGAGGAAGAUAGUCAUAGAAAUCGUCCAGCACCAUCCAUAGCACCAGUUCAACUGGCAUUACUGACAAGUGGCCAUUCAUUGGCUAGUGCCACUUCCACCACGAAUUCGAUACCAACAUCAUCAGCGACUGCAGUGGGAAUAUCUCGCCACCUGACUGGACUCACACCAUUUGGAUCAUCAUCAGCAUCUCCAUGGUUCCAAGAGCGUGACUUAAAAGAUAGGGCAACACCAAUGGAGGUGGAUACAAAUUUUGAUAUGUCAUACCCAGAGUUUUCCAAUAGUUCAGUACCGAAUUCGAACAAUUCUGCGACAAACUCUAUGAAUAUUAAUUCGCUUCUUGCAGCGAUUCCUACAGACCCAGUGAAACAUUCCCCGUUACAGAAACCGCCUCAGAAUGUGCCAGCACUGGUGCUGGUACCAUCCAUGACUCCUUCCGGAAUGAUAUCUUCAGGAUUGACCCCAUCGAACAUGUUUAUGGAUUCAUCUCUGGCUACACUUCCGCCCUUAAUGACCCCACCAUUCUCCAAGAUACACCAACCAAAGCGAAGCAUGGGUUCAGAGGGCCCUGCGUCGUACUGGUACACGGCAGAGAAACGGAGAAAACUUCCGGGUCAGAGCAGUCUUUUAGGAAACAACACCAUCCCACAAAUGUAUGGAACAACAGCUGCAAUGACUCCUACUUCCGUGGGAAUAGGAGUGCCAUUCCCCGGUGUAGGAUCCACCACUCAGGGGCUCACUGGAAAUGAAGGGAUGAUUGACCCCGUUUAUGGGUCAAGACAAAAACAAGAAUCAAAAGAUGCAGAAUUGAUCAAUACUUUAACUAAAAUCCUAGAUGCGUCGAAUUCUGGAGAUAAGCUCCAACUUUCCACUGCAACAUUAGCUGAACUUCGGAAUAAUCUACAAGAAGCCCAGUCACGGUACAGUAAUAACAACUUGCAACCAUACCAAUGA